CUCAUGCGGAAGGAAAGAACGGAGAAGAAAUAGAGAGACGGAACAAGGAACUUGUCACGGCCUUCAGUUCUCCAGGUGAAAGGGUGUAUUGGUGAAUAUGGUUUUAAGCAGCAUUCUUGUUUCCUUUGUUCUUUACCUGGCUCUUCCAGGGGCAAUGCUUCCUGUUACUGUGAGGGCUGAAAAGGUAAAUGUUAUUGCUGGCAAGCCUGCCAUCCUUCACUGUCUAGAUAGCACUGACAAGAAAAAUCCAGCUACAUUGAUCUGGAAAUAUAACAACAAACUUCUGCUAAAGAUAUUUCAAGGAAACCCUUUUAAAGGUGAAAAGUCUGAAAUGUGGACACUUAAUAAUGAUGAGUCCUUCUCUCUAGAACUGGUAAAGGCAGAGACAGGGCUGUAUACCUGUGAAGUGGAUGGAAAGCUGGAGACUACUUAUGAAGUUAAAGUGUGGAAAGUUAUUGGAUCUAAAAGUGGAUACCUCCUGCAAGGUGACACUUUAAAGCUGAAUCUGUCUCCUUUCAACAUGGAAGAUAACAGAAUUGAAUGGUUUAAUCCCCAAAAGGCCAAAGUAACAGGAAAAGAACUACGAUGGAAAGUGCAGGAAGAUAGUAUACAGAUAACAAACCUUACAAUUCAGGAGGACCAUGGGAUGUGGGAAUGUCAUGUCUUUCCUGAUCAGCUCAAAAUCCCCUACAACGUCAAGAUAAUAGGUUUUCCCAAUCCUUUGGAUGAGUUCAAUUUUGCCGCUCUCAACAGCAGCUUCAACCUUUCAUGUCCUUUGAACAUCAACCUGGAAAAUCAAAAAGAUCCAGAGAUUCCAAGAGUCCAAUCUUGGAAAUUGGUUAAGAAUAAUAUUGUUGUGGAGGAGCAGAACAUAAGCAACAUGAAUAACUCUUUCCCCACCAAACGAAUACCCCGAGUCCAUUUUGAAGAUGCUGGAAAGUACCAAUGCCAUCUCAGAUUUAAUCACAGGAAUUUGAAUAAGAACAUCAACUUGAUAGUUAUGACAGUCUCUGCUGUCCCUGAUGAGCUCAGUUCUAAAGAGAAUGUGACCCUGUGUGGUCACAUCAAGCCUGCCCCUCCACUGGCUGAAUUGUGCUGGGUUAAUGUAAAUGAGUCUAUGAGUAAACCCACAUGUGGCUCUCCCAUUUCAGAGAAUAAAUUCUGUCACAUAGCUACAACUGCAGGGCUCUGGAGGUGUGAUCUCAAAGUGAACAACAACGUGAAGAUCAGUAUUAACUAUACUCUGGGAAAGACCACAAAUGAAUGGACUGUCGAGAGUAGAUUCCCACUGAUUGAAAUAGCCUCAGGAGCUGGUGCAACACUUCUUCUGUUAAUUCUUGCUGGCAUCUGCGUGCCUACUUGUAAACAUAUUAAGCGGAAACGGCAACAAGCCAAGAGGAUAGCACAAAUUAAGCAACAUUUACUUGCCAAGAGGACUUGCCAGUGUCAGAGGGAACUGGCUAAUGAUUACUACCACACCUGAAGGAGAAAAACCACGUGAUUGAAAAAAUCACUAGCCAGAUCAUUUGCCAACCCUUUGCAAUGUACAGUUAAAUGAAUUCAAAUACUGCUAGGUUGCCUUACCUUUCACAGGCCUAUCGGAUAUUCAUAAUGCUGUAAUCACUGGGCAUGCCUAUAUUUUGAAAUUGUGGAGCUUGCAGAAAAUAUGGACCCAGUAGGGUUCACCCUAAUUGCCUAUAAGUGGUCAAAUAGUUGACUGUUCUUUGAACCUCUCUGCACUCCUGCCUUCCACUGCAACUGUAAAUG